UCCCUACCAGUCCCUACGCAGACGUCCAUGCGUCCCUCUAGUAAACGACGACGAAUUGAAUUUGGUAACGGUUUUGAACGGUGGUGGCGGGUGGCGGUUUCUUCAACGUUAUCAAUCGCAACGCGCUCGAUCGCUCGUCAAAAUGCCGCGGACUAAGCGUAACAGAGCGGCGAACAAAGUCGAGGAACCCGACGCAGCAGUGAAAACAUUCGAGAAGCACGCACAGCUCCGUCUCGCCAAAAUAGAACGCGACGCCCAGGCAGACCUCAAGACUUUCGAGACGUACGUCGAGGUUAUGGUUUCUCGUUUGCCGGAGGAAAUUCGUCGUUUGACGUUGGGCGAAUUAAUUGACUGGCAAAAUCAUGACGAUCGGAAAGAGAAUUGCAACGAGGUGAGCUCGUCGGUCAAGGAUCUUCAUAUGCAACCACCCGCUGCCCCUAAAUCGAGAAAAUUGACGAAAACUGCUAAACGUCCCACCACCGCUGCGUCCGAUGACGGUUACGCGACCGAAGGCACCAGUGUGGGCAGUACGUCACAGACACAAGCUAAGACACAAGCUCGAGGAACAUCGACCAUGAGGACGCGCAGUUUCACGAGCAGAGCCAAUCUCAGUGAGAUCAGUCAGAAAAUGACACCAGCGAUAUGCCGAUUGAAACCUAUGGACAGCGUAUACAAUGUGGUUACACCGAAAGUCAAACCUAAUACACCAUUAAACGUGUUGAGACGUCCACGUCAAGGAGAAAUGGUCCUCAGCAUGCAGGGCAGUCCACUGUUGGUCUCUGCUGUUGUUGAAGAAAAGACUGCUAAUAUUAAUGUACCUUUGGCUAAUGGCAAUGUAAUGUCCUUGUUGCCUCAAGAGGGAUUGCGCAUGUCAAAUAUUCCUCCACUGGAUCCUGAGACAAUGCAGCAGUUAAAAACUCUUAAAAAUCACAUUGAGAAAGUUAUUUCAUUAAAAUAGUUAAUACAAACGUUAAUAAAUCUAGAGUACUCUAUAAUGUAAGAUAAUGAAUUAUAUAUACAUAUAUCGUAAAAUAGUUUUAUACUUUUAUAUAUUUAUACUUGUACACGUGAAAAACAUGGAAUGUGCCUUUUUUGUUGAAA